CGAGUUAGUUUAUGUUGGACGUUGUACGAGCAAAGGUGUGUUCUCGAACGCAAUUUCAAGUUGCGCUCUUUGUGAUAUUUUUACGAACAAAAACCCAGUGAUCAAUUCGAACAUUGUGUUUAAUUGGAUACUAAUUCUACAAUUUUAUGAGACUUUCUCCGGACUCGAAACCCAGUUCGUUUUUGGAUACGAUAUUAUAAAACAACGUAUGAUGGUAGCCGAAUUUGUCGGUCGCGGUCAUAAUGGAUCACCAGUGAACGGGGAGCUGCCACAAGUGAAUUCGAACAUGCCAAACUGCCAUGGAAGGGAACUGCUGAGUACUUCGUCAUCCCCCUCAGUUGAUGAGUACGCUGCUAACUACCCCAUGACGUCAGUCAAGCACAAAGAGCUGUUUUCCCAAAGGAAACAGAGGGAAUUCACCCCUGACAGCAAGAAGGAUGACAGUUACUGGGACAGGAGGAGGAGGAACAACGAGGCUGCUAAGAGAUCGAGGGAGAAGAGGAGGUUCAACGAUAUGGUGCUGGAACAACGCGUGGUGGAGUUGACGAAGGAGAACGCAGUGUUGAAGGCUCAACUUGAGGCUAUCAAGGAAGAGUAUGGGAUAUGCGGUGAAAACGUCGUGUGUGUGGAGAAGGUCCUUGCCAAUUUACCAACCAAUGAGCAAGUGCUGAGCAUAACCAAAAGGCAGAAGCUGGCACAUCCACAACCACACAUCUACCAGACACCUAGUUCCAUCAACCAGCAGAACAUGCAACCGGUGCUUGGGUCUCCACCACCACCGCCUCUAACGCAUCCGCAUCUUCUCCAUGUCCCACCCACACAUCACGAGCACAGGCCGGAGUUCCACCCAUACACUUUCCCAUCCUUCCACAGCCCUCACCAUUAUUCCUCAGACGAUGCUCUCAACCUAUCCGCCAGAGGAAGACCACGGUCAAGACCACAAUCGCCAUUCGAGCUAUCCAGCAACUCCGGCGAUGAAGGCAUACUAACGACCAACAACAGUUUACCACUAAAAUUACGCCACAAGUCCCAUCUGGGCGAUAAAGACGCUGCCAGCGCUCUCCUACAGCUGCAGAACAUAAAACAAGAGCCUGGUCAAAGGGGAAGUCCAUCCUGGGACGGAGAAGGUUCCAGCGAUGAGAGAGACUCCGGUAUAUCUUUGGGCACCGAAUGGACAGCUGCCACGCAAGCCGCGGCCACUCUCCAGACCCUGCAGAAACAGUCGCAGCUUCAAGCUAUCCAAGAAACACCAGACGGUAACAACCAAGUGAAACUCCGGUUCCAAUCAGAAAUAGUACGUUUGUCCACCGAGGUGGAGCAGCUGAAGAGCCUGAUGACGAGAGGCAAGGAGGACCCAUCAAGUAUGGUGCGUCGCUAAGAUUGCCUUUGUACAUAAAGUUGUGUUACUGAUCUGAAAAAAAUAUCCGCUGCCUGGAGGGCGGACUAUUUAUUUGAGUAGUCUAGUUAUUUAUUGAAAUUGUAAGGCGGGAGCCAAUGAUUUAAUCACAUCGAAGUUGUUUGACCACAACGCCGCUUUCGUAAAGGCAGUCAAUGUACCUUUUUUUAGCAUAGCUGGAAAUGUGUGAUUUUAUACAAAUUCCCCAAAGCAUGAUGUUGUUCUCGAACAGACAGAGUGAUCUUCAAACGAUGAUUAGUUGUUGAAAAUAUUCCUACGAGUGUAACAUAUUUGUGAUUUAUAUUUGAAUAGUCAAGAUGACUUUAUUGUGAUGGCCAAAUUUUUGGGGAAUAUAUAUUUAUCCUAUACCUAAGAGAACAUUUAUUUAUGUAUAGAUGUAUUUUUGUUACUGAACUCGUGGAGUUCGUUAUUUUUAACUCAUUAUUAUAUACGAGUGCAUAACUUGUAGUAGAAGAGGAAUUCUGGACUCUUAUCAACUACCUACAUUGUUAUCUCAAUCUGUAACUGAUUUCGUCCAGCCACGAAGAAAAUAAGUAUGUUUAUUUUCAUAUUACCAUGCAAUGUAUCCUAAUUAAUGUAUAAAGUGAAUAUUUGCAUCGUUUUAUAA